AUGAAGACUACUAUUCUGCUGCUUUGUCUUCUAGGAUCAACUCAGUCACUGCCACAACCUAACCCCACUUUGGGAUAUCCUCCAACAAAACCAACUCCAGAGCAGGUGACGCUACUGAACCAACAGCAAUCACAUCAGGUCUUCCCUUCUUUAAGUCUAAUACCAUUAACACACUUGUUCACCCUGGGGUCAGAUCUGCAACUGCUCAAUCAUGCCGCCGGAAUAGCACCGGGAACACACACGCUCCCAUUGACCCUGGGCGCCUUGCAGGGGCAACAGCAGCUACAAUCACAAAUGUUGCCAAUUAUUGUGGCAUCACUUGGAGCCCAGGGUGCUAUCCUGAGCUCAGAAGAACUGCCGCUGGCCUCACAAAUCUUCACGGGGCUCCUCGUCCAUCCCUUGCUCCCUGGAAACAUCUUGCCCACCAGCCAAACUGGGGCUACUCCAGGUGCCCAGGAUGGAGUCUUUCCUGCAGGCCAAGCAGGAGCGAAACCUGCCAUGCAAGGAACCACAGAGGGCCACGUCUCAACUCCCAGUGUCACAGAUGAUGACUUGGGAGGAACAACCCCCGCAGGCGUCCGGAGGGGCACGCACACCACUGUGGAAGAAACCACUGCAGACUGAUCAAAUACUGUCUUUGAGAGGGUAGGAGCAUCACAGACAUGGACGGACAAAGGCUGCGAGAACACGAAAGUGCAUUUGAAGAUCGCAUCUGUGACUUACGUGGUACUUCCUUUCCACUGCUGUUUGAAAAUACAGCUGUAUAAAGCUGCAGAGAGUCGUGAAGCACAAGCUCUGUUUAUCGUGAGCUGGGAAGCAGAAUGA